AUUCAGGAUCCUUUUUGCCGCGCUUUGAAGUGUAGAUGGUGCGCAUCCAACCCAUGUCCUGCACUAUCCUCGCAAGUUGCACAAGCUUCUGGCACUAUGUAGUUCGCUGGACACGCACGAUGAUGGAGUGAAGCAGGCAUUCAGCUGCAAACAGUGCAGCUUGUGCGUUGCAGUAAGUCGAGGUCCAGACACAUGGUCUAGAAGACCACACGGACCCGAUCUGGUUGAGCAGCGAUUCGUUCCGGUGUACGUCGUGAAAGAGUAGGGAUAUUAAUCGCAGGAUAAUCAGCGCAUCUGUGGUGUUUAGUGUCUCACUCGGCCGGCUGAGUGGUUUCAGGUUCCGCACAAAUGGGAUCAGUCCGGGGCAGUUCCGGAUGGGUGGCAGCGGCGGUGAUGUUGUGGCUGGUGGCGGGGGUGGCCGCUCGAGCGGACAGUAUCAAGGACUUCAAACAGUGGUCGCCCCAGCAGACGGAGAUGUAUCCAAAUAGAACCGGAGUGAAACUGAUACUGAAAGACCCCAAAGCUAGUUACACUGGUAUGGCAUCGCCUCUGCAGUACACGUACGCUGCGAAUGGGGCGUACAUCAAGAUGCCGCCUGGAGAUUCAGCGGGCGUGGUGUCGACAUUCUAUAUGGCAUCGUCGGGACCUAAGCACUGCGAGUUCGACUUCGAGUUUCUGGGGAACAAGCCGGGGAUGCCUUACCUGUUGCACACGAAUAUCUUCGUGGAUGGCGUGGGCGGGCGGGAGCAGCAAAUUCGGCUGUGGUUCGACCCGAGGAAGGAGGCACACUUCUACAACUUCCAGUGGAACAAGGACCUGCUGGUGUUCUACAUCGACAGCAUGCCGGUUCGGAUGUUCAAGAACCUGGAGAAUGAGAUUCCGGGGUUCAAAUAUCCGAAGAAAUGUGCAAUGGGAGUGUACCUGAGCGUGUGGGAUGGGAGCAGCUGGGCGACGGACGGAGGGCGUGUGAAGUUGGACUGGGCGUCGGCUCCAUUUGUGACGACGUACGACAGGUUCAAGCUGGCGGGAUGCGUGGCGAAGAAUGGUGACGCGGCGAGCAUCGAGAAAUGUCAGACGAGUUUCGCGGCGGCGCCCGGGGAUCACGUGCAGAAGAUGGGGCAGACGAAGACUCGGCAGCUGCGGGAGGUGAAGGCGAAGUACUUGCAUUACAAUUACUGCGACGACCGAAAGCGGUAUCCUGUGGCACCUCGGGAGUGUGCGUACAAUGUGUUGUAGACACAUAGAAGUGGGAUUAGGAGGGGGCGGGUGGGAGAGGCAUUGGUUGGGAGAGUGGGGGGAAGGGUGUAAGUGGGAUUGGUUUAGGAGGACGAUUCUUUGAACGUAGGAGACGAUGAAUUGGUCGUCAGCUAUGUGAGUAUGCUUAUCACAGGGAGGGGACUGACCGUCCGGGAUACAGCAGAAGGGUGCGGAAAGCGUGAUGAACGAUCUCUCUGUCAAUGUAUGAUUGAAUAAAUGAAGCUUCUGAACCGAAGCAGGAUUUUGUAGGAA